UGCCCGGUAAUGGCGCACCGCGCGGGAGGGUGCGCGCUGUCCUUGCUGCGGGGCCGUCUGCGCCUCUCUGGCCCGGCUGCGGCCGGCGGCUGUGCGGGUCGCGGGCAGGCCCGCGAGCAGGCCCGCCUCGGCUCCUCCGGCGCCGCGGUGCAGGGGGCCCUGCAGGCGGCCGGCGCCGAGGAAGUGGGUGAAGAUACUGAAGUCGCUACGAGAAAGAAGACAUUCGCUGAGGUCCAAGCAGAACGACUGGAGCAAGCAGAACGGACUGUUUUAAUUAAGUGCCCAUCAAGACUGAAUGAAAAGAAAUUACUGCAGUAUUUAUCCAGUCAUGGAAGCAUUAAAAGUCAUUUCUUUUUUGAAAAUCGUGGAAUCCAUGCUUUAGUAGAAUUUUCAGAAAAGAACAGUAUAGCCUCACUGCAGGAUGCUGUUGGGCUCCCAAGUUCUGCAGAGCAUCAUGUCCCAUUUAAAUCUAGACUGUUUACUUUGACACUGAAAAACCCAGUGAGUCAAGCUGCUGGAGAGACACCACUUCACCUCGCUCCUCAGUCUCACCUUCCAGUGAAAGAGCUGAUUCAAAAGCUUUGUCAUGCAGACAGUAUAAGCAGUCAGAUGUACAUUCUACUGAAAGAGUAUCAGCUCACAGAAGAAAACAUCAAGCUCCGGUUUCUGGCCUGUUCUCUGGUUCGGGAUUUUGCCUGUGCCUAUUUUCCAGACAGCACAGUAAAGCCUUUUGGGUCCUCAGUCAACACCUUUGGCAAAUUGGGAUGUGAUGUGGACAUGUUUCUGGACUUCCAUGAUACAAAAAAGCAUGCUGCAAAAGUGAGAAAAGGUCCCUUUGAAAUGGAAUUUCAAAUGAAAAGAUUACCAUCUGAAAGAUUAGCAACUCAGAAAAUCCUUUCUGUCAUUGGUGAUUGCCUUGAUAAUUUUGGUCCUGGCUGUGUGAACGUGCAGAAGAUACUCAACGCUCGCUGUCCACUGGUCAAGUUUUCCCAUCAGCCAACAGGAUUCCAGUGUGACCUGUCAGUGAGCAACAGCAUUGCCAUAAGAAGUACAGAGCUGCUGUACAUCUAUGGCUGCCUGGAUCCCCGUGUGAGGGCGCUGGUGUUCACUAUACGAUGUUGGGCCCGGGUCCAUGGACUUACAAAUAGUGUUCCUGGAAGCUGGAUCACGAAUUUCUCUCUGACCAUGAUGGUCAUGUUUUUUCUGCAAAAGAGAUCACCACCUAUCAUUCCAACACUAGACCAACUUAAAGAACUGGCAGAUGAAAACGACAAGCAUGUCAUUGGAGGAAAUGAUUGCUCAUUUGUUAGUGAUCUAAGCAAGAUUACACCUACAAAAAAUACAGAAGCACUUGAUGAAUUGCUGGGUGACUUUUUUGAGUAUUUUGGCAACUUUGAUUUCAGAAAGAAUUCCAUAAAUCUUCGAAAGGGAAAGGAAGUAAAUAAGCCUGAGUCAUCUCCUCUUUAUAUCUGGAACCCCUUUGAACAAGAGCUUAAUAUCAGCAAGAAUGUUAAUCAGCCACAGCUGGAGAAAUUUAUAGCUAUGGCCAGAGAAAGUGCCUGGAUUUUACAGAAGGAAGACAAAACUCAACGAACAAUCAAUAAAGAGCCUUGGGGACUGGCAGCCCUGCUGGUACCAUUUGGAAAACAUAAUCCCAACAAGAUGAAGAAUAGGAUGAAAGGAAUAGGAAGUGAAACAAUCAGAAGCCUCUUGGACUCUUUAAAGUUAAAUAAUGCAAACACUCUACAAAAAGCAGUGGGGAAGUGACUUUCAGCACAGACACAGAGUAGCUGGUACUCUGUCUUAAAGAAUGCAAGAACAUCACUUUUAAUAUUUCUUUUACGGUGGAGAGUCAAAUGACCUCUGGUUUCCAUUGGGAUGCUUUUUGUACAGAUCUGCUUUCCUUCUGUACAGUUUUCUCCUCCUUACUCUUCACUUUUCCAUCUGUUUUAUGAAUAAAGAGCAUUCAAAUGGGAAUUUGACAGAUGCAUUUUGGAAGAAACAUUCAGUUGGGCAUUCUGUAAAGGAAAAAAAAAAAACCUAAAAAGACGACUGACAGGAGCAGGGGAAAAUCCCUCUGGGAAUCUGUUGGCUGACUUAUGAGUGGUAUGUUAAGUAAAAGCUCAAGAAAUAGCCACCUUCCAGUGAAACCACAAUUUGAAAGAUGAAUGUUAGAAUCGUUGCUUCCAUUCCAGCCAUAUUCUGGAAGCCAAACCAAGGUGCAUGUAUCUAUUUUUGCAGUCGUUUUCCAUUCAUGUAGAUAGUGCCAAGACAAAAUAAAGAGAAUGGAAGUGGAUAGUAAGGAUUGCAUUUUCAUUGCUCCAAGGGCACCACAACUGUUUUGUGUUGGAAAAGUGGUUUUAGUCUUGUGUUUACCACC